AUGAAGCUCUUCCUCAUUUCAGGCGCGACGGCCCAGCUGCGGAGCAGUCGACGAGCACGGAGCUCCCGAAAUCGACACUCAACGCUCCGCGUGCGCGCAGCAGCGGAGCGCGGCGCGCAGACAGCACAGCAGUCCGACUCGGCUGCUAGGGAGAGCUUCGAUGUGCUUAUAGCGGGCGCUGGCGUCGCGGGAUUAGCCACGGCUCUCGCUUUACACCGCGUGGGCAUUGACGUGGCAGUGGUGGAGCGCGCGCCGGGUCUCGGCCAAUCAGGAACGGCGCUGAGCCUGUGGGGCAACGCUUGGCGCGCUUUGGACGCGCUGGGGGUGGCCGCGCUGCUGCGAACAGACUACGUGCGGCUGGAAGGCAUUGACAUUGCAGCAGCGGACGGCACGGCGCUGCGCUCCUUUGACUUCGCUGACUGCAAUGUGGGACCUGAUCACGAGGUGAGGGGGGUCACCCGCGCCCACCUGCUCUCCUGCAUGGCCUCCCAACUGCCACCUGGCACCAUCCGAUUCGCCACCACAAUCACCCACAUGCCAGAACCCACCACCACCACCACUGCCUCCGCGGUGACUGUGACUCUAUCCAACGGUGCUACUAUCGAAGCCAAGGCUCUCAUAGGGUGUGACGGGAACGCAUCAGGGGUCGCCUCUUGGCUCGGGCUGCCGCCCACCAACUACGCUGGAUACCGGGCGGCACGAGGGGUGGCGGAACUAGAUCCAGCGGAAUCUGCAGAUUUUGCCGUUGCUGCCGGCGGUGGGGGUGAUGCGGAGGGUGGCGACGUGGGAGGGAGUGUGGAGGGGAGAGGGAGAGUGGGAAUGGUGUGGGGGAGGGGGGUGCGAGUGGGCAUGUACCCUCUCACACCCACGCAGGUCUACUGGUUCACCUGCUACAAUGCUCCACCUGAGCCUUUGCCGCCCAGAGGAUCAGCAGCAGCCAAGGAGGAGGCUCUCUCCUACGUGCAAGGCUGGCAGGGCGGCAUCGAGCGUCUUAUUCACGCCACGCCGGCCACCAGCAUUGUAGUCGGCACCAUCACAGACCGCUGGACGAUGCCGCCCCCUCUGGGCACAUGGGGACGAGGCGCCGUCACUCUGGCCGGCGAUGCCGCCCACCCCAUGACUCCGAACCUUGGCCAAGGUGCAUGCACAGCUUUGGAAGAUGCUGUGAUCUUGGCUCGGUGCCUAUGGGAAGCUUCUGUACCAGAUGGGGAGGACCGGAAAGGGAGCGGUGGAGUGGAGGGAGGGGAGGAGGGAGCGAGUGUGCGGAGGAGGAGGGUGGAGAGUGAGAAGGUGUGUGGGGCAUUGAGGGAGUAUGAGAGGCUGAGAGGGAGGAGGGUGGCACAGUUGACAGUGCGGUCGUUUGGCAUAGGGUGGUUGCUCCAGUUGCCCCAGGAGGUGGUGUGCUUUGCGCGGGAUAAAGUGGUGCUGCCGCAUCUCUUCUCGCCCUCGCAUUUCCUGGACCAUGCGCUCUUCGAUUGUGGCAAGCUUCCUGACAGUGAUGCCUCUUAA